GUGGCGUGGCCGCGCGGGGAUGGCCGCGGUUUAAAUAGCGCCGGCGCGGCCUAGAGGGAGCCAGAGAGACGGCAGCGGCGUCCCAUCCAGUUCGCCCGCCGCGCUCCUCGCUCGUCGUCUGCCUCCAGAGCCCGGUCAGAGAAUAGCCAUGGAGGAGGUGGUGAUAGCCGGCAUGUCGGGGAAGUUGCCCGAGUCAGAAAACCUGCAGGAGUUCUGGGACAACCUCAUUGGCGGUGUGGACAUGGUCACAGAUGAUGACAGGCGAUGGAAGGCUGGGCUCUAUGGGCUGCCCAAGCGGUCCGGAAAGCUGAAGGACCUGUCCAAGUUUGAUGCCUCCUUCUUCGGGGUUCACCCCAAGCAGGCACACACAAUGGACCCCCAGCUUCGGCUGCUCCUGGAAGUCAGCUAUGAGGCUAUCGUGGACGGAGGCAUCAACCCGGCCUCACUCCGAGGGACCAACACCGGUGUGUGGGUGGGCGUGAGUGGCUCCGAGGCAUCAGAGGCCCUGAGCAGAGACCCUGAGACGCUCCUGGGCUACAGCAUGGUGGGCUGCCAGCGUGCAAUGAUGGCCAACCGGCUCUCCUUCUUCUUUGACUUCAAAGGACCCAGCAUUGCCCUGGACACGGCCUGCUCCUCCAGCCUGCUGGCACUACAGAACGCCUAUCAGGCCAUCCGCAGUGGGGAAUGCCCCGCCGCCCUCGUGGGUGGCAUCAACGUGCUACUGAAGCCCAACACCUCCGUGCAGUUCAUGAAGCUGGGCAUGCUCAGCCCAGAGGGCACCUGCAAGUCCUUUGACGACUCGGGGAAUGGAUAUUGUCGCUCUGAGGCUGUUGUGGCAGUUCUGCUGACUAAGAAGUCCCUGGCCCGGCGGGUCUAUGCCACGGUGCUGAAUGCUGGCACCAACACAGAUGGCUGCAAGGAGCAAGGUGUGACGUUCCCCUCUGGCGAGGCUCAGGAGCAGCUCAUCCAGUCGCUGUACCAGCCAGCUGGCCUGGCCCCUGAGUCCCUUGAGUAUGUGGAAGCCCACGGCACAGGCACCAAGGUGGGCGACCCCCAGGAACUGAACAGCAUUGUGCGCGCCCUGUGUGCCUCCCGCCAGGGCCCUCUGUUAAUUGGAUCCACCAAAUCCAACAUGGGGCACCCAGAGCCUGCCUCGGGGCUGGCCGCCCUGGCCAAGGUGCUGCUCUCCCUGGAGCACGGCAUUUGGGCCCCCAACCUGCAUUUCCACAACCCCAACCCUGAAAUCCCAGCACUGCUGGAUGGGCGCCUGCAGGUGGUAGACAAACCCCUGCCUGUUCGAGGUGGCAACGUGGGCAUCAACUCUUUCGGCUUUGGAGGCGCCAACGUUCACGUCAUCCUCCAGCCCAACACACAGCAGGCCGCCGUGCCGGCCCCACAUGCUGCCCUUCCGCGUUUGCUGCACGCCAGUGGACGCACCGUCGAGGCGGUGCAGGGCCUGCUGGAACAGGGCCGCCAGCACAGGCAGGACUUGGCCUUUGUUAGCAUGCUCAACGACAUUGCAGCCACCCCUACAGCAGCCAUGCCCUUCAGGGGCUACACGGUGCUAGGUGUUGAGGGGGCUGUCCAGGAAGUGCAGCAGGCACCGGCCAACAAGCGGCCACUCUGGUUCAUCUGCUCUGGGAUGGGCACACAGUGGCGCGGGAUGGGGCUGAGCCUCAUGCGCCUGGACAGCUUCCGGGAGUCCAUCCUGCGCUCUGACGAGGCUGUGAAGCCACUGGGAGUGAAGGUGUCAGACCUGCUGCUGAGCACAGAUGAGAACACCUUUGACGACAUCGUGCAUGCCUUCGUGAGCCUCACUGCCAUCCAGAUUGCCCUCAUAGACCUGCUGACAUCUGUGGGCCUGAAGCCUGAUGGCAUCAUCGGACACUCCUUGGGGGAGGUCUCCUGUGGCUAUGCGGAUGGCUGUCUCUCUCAGAGAGAGGCUGUGCUUGCGGCCUACUGGAGAGGCCAGUGCAUCAAGGAGGCCCACCUCCCCGCUGGCGCCAUGGCCGCUGUCGGCUUGUCCUGGGAGGAGUGCAAACAGCGCUGCCCCUCUGGUGUAGUGCCUGCCUGCCAUAACUCUGAGGACACCGUGACCAUCUCUGGACCUCAGGCUGCCGUGAGCGAGUUUGUGGAGCAGCUGAAGCAAGAGGGUGUGUUUGCCAAGGAGGUGCGGACGGGCGGCCUUGCCUUUCACUCCUAUUUCAUGGAAGGCAUUGCCCCCACGCUGCUGCAGGCUCUCAAGAAGGUGAUCCAGGAGCCGAGGCCGCGCUCGGCUCGCUGGCUCAGCACCUCCAUCCCCGAGGCCCAGUGGCAGAGCAGCCUGGCCCGCACGUCUUCCGCCGAGUACAACGUCAACAACCUGGUGAGCCCCGUGCUCUUCCAGGAGGCGCUGUGGCACGUCCCCGAGCACGCCGUGGUGCUGGAGAUCGCUCCACAUGCCCUGCUCCAGGCUGUCCUGAAACGGGGCGUGAAGUCCAGCUGCACCAUCAUCCCCUUGAUGAAGAGGGACCAUAAAGACAACCUGGAGUUCUUCCUCACCAACCUUGGCAAGGUGCACCUCACAGGCAUCGACGUCAACCCUAAUGCCUUGUUCCCGCCCGUGGUGUUCCCGGCUCCCCGAGGGACCCCUCUCAUCUCCCCUCACAUCAAGUGGGACCACAGUCAGACUUGGGAUGUCCCAGCUGCUGAGGACUUCCCCAAUGGCUCCAGCUCCUCCUCCGCUACAGUGUAUAAUAUCGACGCCAGUCCCGAGUCCCCUGACCACUACCUGGUGGACCACUGCAUCGAUGGGCGCGCCAUCUUCCCUGCCACGGGCUACCUGUGCCUGGUGUGGCGGGCGCUGGCUCGAGGCCUGGGGCUGGCGCUGGAACACACUCCUGUCGUGUUUGAGGACGUGAUCCUUCACCAGGCCACCAUACUGCCCAGGACAGGGACUGUGCCUCUGGAGGUGCGCCUGCUGGAGGCUUCCCGUGCCUUUGAGGUGUCUGAGAACGGCAACCUGAUCGUGAGUGGAAAAGUGUACCAGUGGGAAGACCCUAACUCCAAGUUCUUCGACCACCCUGAGGACCUGAGCCCCCCUGAAUCCGCCCCCACCUCCCGGUUGACCCAGGCAGAAGUGUACCGGGAGUUGCGGCUGCGUGGCUAUGACUAUGGCCCUCAGUUCCAGGGCAUCUAUGAGGCCAGCCUUGAAGGUGAACAGGGCAAGCUGCUCUGGAAGGACAACUGGGUGACCUUCCUGGACACCAUGCUGCAGAUCUCCAUCCUGGGGGCCAGCCAGCAGAGUCUGCGGCUCCCCACCCGUGUGACGGCCAUCCACAUCGACCCUGCGACCCACCUGCAGAAGGUGUACACGCUGGAGGGCGAGACCCAAGUGGCCGACGUGAGAACCAGCCCCAGGCUGGGCAGCCUGGUGUCCGGCGGCGUGCACAUCUUAAGACUGCACACCACAGCAGCCCCGAGGCGGCAGCAGGAGCACCUGGUUCCCACCUUGGAGAAGUUCGUUUUCACACCCCACGUGGAGACCGGGUGCCUGGCCGAGAGCGCUGCCCUGCAGAGAGAGCUGCAGCUGUGCAAGGGUCUGGCCCAGGCUCUGCAGGCCAAGGCCACCCAGCAGGGACUGAAGACAGUGCCUGGGCUGGAGGACCAUCCACAGCAUGGGCUGCCUCAGCUGUUGGCAGCUGCUUGUCAGCUGCAGCUCAACGGGAACCUGCAGCUGGAGCUGGGUGAGGCGCUGGCUCAGGAACGGCUCCUGCUGCCCGAAGACCCUCUCCUGAGUGGCCUCCUCAACUCCCAGGCCCUCAAAGCCUGCGUAGACACAGCCCUGGAGAACUUGACUAGUCUCAAGAUGAAGGUGGCGGAGGUGCUGGCUGGAGAAGGUCACUUGUUCACUCGCAUCCCGGCGCUGCUCAACACGCAGCCUAUGCUGCAGCUGGAGUACACAGCCACGGACCGGCACCCGCAGGCCCUGCAGGACGCCCAGCUACAGCAGCAUGCCGUCAGCCCGGGCCAGUGGAACCCCUCCGAUCCCGCUCCCAACAACCUGGGUGCACUUGACCUCCUGGUGUGCAACUGUGCGGUGGCCACACUGGGAGACCCAGCCCUGGCGCUGGACAACAUGGUAGCUGCCCUCAAGGAAGGGGGUUUCCUGUUGCUGCACACAGUGCUCAGAGGCCAGGCCCUUGGGGAGACCCUGGCCUGCCUCCCCUCUGAGGUGCAGCCCGGGCCCAGCCUCCUAAGCCAGGAGGAGUGGGAGAGCCUGUUCUCAAGGAAAGCCCUGCGCCUGGUGGGCCUUAAGAGCUCCUUCUACGGGACUGCGCUCUUCCUGUGCCGCCGGCCCCUGCCGCAGGACAAGCCCCUCUUCCUGCCUGUGGAGGAUACCAGCUUCCAGUGGGUGGACUCUCUGAAGAGCAUUCUGGCCACGCCUUCCUCCCAACCUGUGUGGCUGACGGCCACGGACUGUCCCACCUCGGGUGUGGUGGGCUUGGUGAACUGUCUCCGCAAAGAGCCUGGUGGACACCGAAUUCGGUGUCUGCUGCUGUCUAACCUCAGCAGCGCAUCUCACGUCCCCAAGUUGGACCCAGGCUCCUCAGAGCUGCAGAAGGUGCUGGAGAAGGACCUGGUGAUGAACGUGUACCGCGAUGGGGCCUGGGGUGCCUUCCGUCACUUCCUGUUAGAGCAGGACAAGCCGGAGGAGCAGACGGCACAUGCCUUUGUGAACGCCCUAACGCGAGGGGACCUGGCCUCCCUCCGCUGGGUCUGCUCGCCCCUGAGGCACGCGCAGCCCAGCAGCGCAGGCCUGCAGCUCUGCACCGUCUACUAUGCCUCCCUCAACUUCCGGGACAUCAUGCUAGCCACGGGCAAGCUGUCCCCCGACGCCAUUCCAGGCAAAUGGGCCGGCCGGGACUGCAUGCUGGGAAUGGAAUUCUCGGGCCGUGACAGGAGCGGCCGGCGUGUGAUGGGGCUGGUGCCCGCUGAAGGCCUGGCCACCUCGGUCCUGCUGUCGCCGGACUUCCUCUGGGACGUACCCGCCAGCUGGACCCUGGAGGAGGCGGCGUCUGUCCCGGUCGUCUACGCCACUGCCUACUACUCCCUGGUUGUGCGGGGGCGCGUUCAGCGAGGGGAGACGGUGCUGAUCCACUCCGGCUCCGGGGGUGUGGGCCAGGCGGCCAUCUCCAUCGCCCUCAGCCUGGGCUGCCGAGUCUUCACCACCGUGGGCUCCGCCGAGAAGCGGGCAUACCUCCAGGCCCGGUUCCCGCAGCUUGAGGACAGCAGCUUUGCUAACUCUCGAGACACGUCCUUUGAGCAGCACGUGCUGCUGCACACGGGCGGCAAGGGGGUCGACCUGGUUCUCAACUCCCUGGCAGAGGAGAAGCUACAGGCCAGUGUGCGGUGCCUGGCUCAGCAUGGACGCUUCUUAGAGAUUGGCAAAUUUGACCUUUCUAACAACCAUCCGCUGGGCAUGGCUGUCUUCUUGAAGAACAUCACUUUCCACGGGAUCCUGCUGGAUGCGCUCUUCGAGGAGGCCAACAGCAGCUGGCGGGAGGUGGCAGCGCUGCUGCAGGCCGGCAUCCAGGACGGGGUGGUAAAGCCGCUCAAGUGCACAGUGUUUCCCAAGGACAAGGUGGAGGACGCCUUCCGCUACAUGGCUCAGGGGAGACACAUUGGCAAAGUGCUUGUCCAGGUGCGGGCAGAGGAGCCGGAGGCCGUGCUGCCCGGGGCUCAGCCCACUCAGAUUUCCGCCAUCUCCAAGACCUUCUGCCCGGCCCAUAAGAGUUACAUCAUCGCCGGUGGCCUGGGUGGCUUUGGCCUGGAGCUGGCCCGGUGGCUCGUGCUUCGGGGGGCCCAGAGGCUCGUGCUGACCUCCCGGUCUGGAAUCCGCACAGGCUACCAAGCCAAGCAGGUUCGAGAGUGGCGGCGCCAGGGCAUACAGGUGCUGGUGUCCACAAGCAAUGCCAGCUCGCUGGAGGGGGCCCGCGCUCUCAUCGCUGAAGCCGCGAGGCUGGGCCCUGUUGGCGGCGUCUUCAACCUGGCCAUGGUGCUGAGAGACGCCAUGCUGGAGAACCAGACUCCGGAGCUCUUUCAGGACGUCAACAAGCCCAAAUACAGCGGCACCCUGAACCUCGACAGGGCAACCCGGGAAGCCUGCCCCGAGCUGGACUACUUCGUGGCCUUCUCCUCUGUGAGCUGUGGGCGUGGGAACGCCGGCCAGACCAACUACGGCUUCGCCAACUCUGCCAUGGAGCGCAUAUGCGAGCAGCGCAGGCACGCCGGCCUCCCAGGCCUUGCCGUGCAGUGGGGUGCCAUUGGUGAUGUGGGCAUCGUCCUGGAAGCGAUGGGCACCAAUGACACGGUCAUCGGCGGCACGCUGCCACAGCGCAUCACCUCCUGCAUGGAGGUGCUGGACCUCUUCCUCAACCAGCCCCAUGCAGUCCUGAGCAGCUUUGUGCUGGCCGAGAAGAAAGCGGUGGCCCAUGGCGACGGUGAAGCCCAGAGGGACCUGGUGAAGGCCAUAGCUCACAUCCUAGGCAUCCGAGACCUGGCGGGCAUUAACCUGGACAGCUCGCUGGCAGACCUGGGCCUGGACUCGCUCAUGGGUGUGGAAGUUCGCCAGAUCCUGGAGCGGGAACACGAUCUGGUGCUGCCCAUGCGCGAGGUGCGGCAGCUCACGCUGCGGAAGCUGCAGGAGCUGUCCGCCAAGGCUGGCUCAGCCACGGAGACGGCAGCCCCCAAGUCCAAGAGUGACGCGGCCUUGAAGCAGAGCCAGCUGAACCUGAAUACCCUGCUGGUGAACCCCGAGGGCCCUACCCUGACGCGGCUCAACUCAGUGCAGAGCUCCGAGCGGCCCCUGUUCCUGGUGCACCCCAUCGAAGGCUCCACCACUGUGUUCCACAGCCUGGCUGCCAAGCUCAGCGUGCCCACCUACGGCCUGCAGUUCACCGGAGCGGCACCUCUGGACAGCAUCCCCAACCUGGCUGCCUACUACAUCGACUGCAUCAAGCAGGUGCAGCCCGAGGGCCCCUACCGAGUGGCCGGGUACUCCUUCGGCGCCUGUGUGGCCUUCGAGAUGUGCUCCCAGCUGCAGGCCCAGCAGGGCCCGGCCCCCACCCACAACAGCCUCUUCUUGUUCGACGGCUCCCACACCUAUGUCCUGGCCUACACCCAGAGCUAUCGAGCAAAGAUGACCCCCGGCUGUGAGGCCGAGGCCGAGGCUGAGGCCAUUUGCUUCUUCAUAAAGCAGUUCAUCGACGCCGAACACAACAAGGUGCUGGAGGCCCUGAUCCCACUGAAGAGCCUGGACGACCGGGUGGCCGCUGCUGUGGACCUCAUCACCAAAAGCCACCAGGGCCUGGACCGCCGGGAGCUGAGCUUUGCCGCCCUGUCCUUCUACCACAAGCUUCGAGCAGCCGAGCAGUACAAGCCCAAGGCCAAGUACCACGGCAACGUGACGCUGUUGCGUGCCAAGACAGGCGGCACCUACGGGGAGGACUUGGGAGCCGACUACAACCUCUCGCAGGUGUGCGACGGGAAGGUAUCUGUGCACGUCAUUGAGGGCGACCACCGCACGCUGCUGGAGGGCAGUGGCCUGGAGUCCAUCAUCACCAUCAUCCACAGCUCCCUGGCUGAGCCUCGAGUGAGUGUGCGGGAGGGCUAGGCCACCAAGCCACGCUCCGCGCCCGCCACCAGAGACGCACCGAUCCCCACCGCGCCCCGAUCUCGGGGACUGGGGAGGGUCCUGCUGGUGGGACCCCCUGCCCUCGUGGCCCAGCACCGCCCCUCCCCCGGUGGCUGCUGGAAACAGGACCGUCCCGUGUAUCCCAGCCACCGAGUGGGGUUCCUCAAGCCCCGACUUGGAGACACCUGGUCUGUGAAGAGUCGGUGGAGGCCAGCCGGAGCCAAACUGAGCCUUUUCUGCCGUGUGGCCUUUGCCGCACUGGCUGCUUAUCCAUUAAAUUCUCAUAUUUAUUGCGUUGCUGGGAAAGACCCCCAGGGCUGGCUCAAUCCAGAACCCCUUGAAAUGGUGGAAGCCGUCGGGGAAGGUUUCUGGAAAGUCUCCAGGCCCCCUCUACAGGCUGCUGGCUGGAGCCCCUUUGUGUCCUGGCCCUGGCCCUGCUCAGUGCAGGGCAGGGUACAGAGAGGGCUGGUUCCCGGGGAACGAGGACCCCAGCAGACACUGUACCCUCGGCCCUUGGUCCCAGCACGCCCGGCUGCACCCAUGAUGCAGGGCCAAAGUGACCCUGUGGACCGCUCCGGGCACUGAUCUUAGUUGUUUUCCAAGAAGAGAUUCAGAUUGCUGCUUGGGUUGGAUUUGCUGCCGGUGGCAGUGUGGAGAACCAUGUCUGGACUGUGUCAUUUUCCACCAACCUGAUAAAAAAGCUGCUCUUGAUGCUGCCCAUUCCCACAAUUAAACUGCACGUGAGCGCUG